AUGUUGGACCCGUCGUCCAGCGAGGAGGAAUCGGACGGGAUAGUGGAGGAGGAAAGCAAAGAGGCGAUGGCACCCCAGGCCGGAUCCCGCAUCUCUCCAAGUAGGACCAGCGAGAGCUCGGGUGGGCUGGCGCCCAGCAGCAGCCGCAGCAGCGCCCGACCGACCAGCCCGAGCCCGUCAGCCGCCAGCGAGGAGAAGGAGGAUCUGGAGAAGCUGCAGAGGGAGGAAGAGGAGCGUAAAAAGAAGCUGCAGUUGUAUGUUUUUGUGAUGCGAUGCGUCGCCUACCCGUUCAAUGCAAAGCAGCCCACAGACAUGGCAAGGCGACAGCAGAAGAUAACCAAGCAGCAGCUUCAGCAGACCAAGGAUCGUUUCCAGGCCUUCCUCAAUGGAGACACACAAAUUGUGGCUGAUGAGGCAUUCAUCAAUGCUGUGCAGAGCUACUAUGAGGUGUUCCUAAAGAGUGACCGCGUUGCUAAAAUGGUCCAGAGUGGCGGCUUCUCAGCCAGUGAUUUCAGGGAAGUGUUCAAGAGGCAUAUCGAGAAGCGUGUGCGCAGCCUUCCGGAGAUUGAUGGACUAAGCAAGGAGACAGUGCUCAGCUCCUGGAUGGCCAAGUUCGACACCAUCUACCGUGGUGACGAGGAUCCACGCAAGGCGCAGCAACGCAUGACUGCCAGUGCUGCCUCUGAGUUGAUCCUCAGCAAGGACCAGCUGUACGAGAUGUUCCAAAAUAUCCUCGGCAUCAAAAAGUUUGAGCACCAGCUGCUUUACCAAGCCUGUCAGCUGGACAACCUGGAUGAGCAGGCUGCACAGAUCAGAAGGGAGCUGGAUGGUCGUCUUCAGAUGGCAGACCAGAUUGCCAGGGGUGGAAAGUUCCCCAAAUUUGUGUCUAAAGAAAUGGAGGCCAUGUACAUCGAGGAGCUCAAGUCUUCAGUGAAUCAGCUGAUGGCCAAUCUGGAAAGCAUGCCUGUGUCCAAGGGAGGAGAGUUUAAACUCCAGAAGCUGAAACGGGGACACAAUACCUCCAUCAUUGACAUGGGCCAGGAGGACGAGAACACACUGUCGAAGUCUGAUGUGGUUCUGUCCUUCACUUUGGAGGUGGUGAUCAUGGAAGUGCAGGGGCUGAAGUCUCUGGCUCCGAACAGGAUUGUCUACUGCACCAUGGAGGUGGAGGGAGGCGAGAAACUCCAAACCGACCAAGCAGAAGCAUCCAAGCCAACCUGGGGGACCCAAGGGGACUUCACCACCACACACCCUUUGCCUGCUGUCAAGGUGAAGCUGUUUACAGAGAGCACAGGGGUGCUGGCACUGGAGGACAAAGAACUGGGCAGGGUUGUCCUCCACCCAACUCCUAACAGCCCCAAGCAGUCAGAGCUCCAUAAGAUGACUGUGACCAAGGCUUGCCCCGAUCAAGAUCUCAAGAUCAAACUGGCCAUCCGCAUGGACAAACCACAGAACAUGAAACACUGCGGGUAUCUGUGGGCUUUUGGGAAGAAUGUGUGGAAGCGCUGGAAGAAGCGUUUCUUUGUCCUUGUGCAGGUGAGUCAGUAUACAUUCGCCAUGUGCAGCUACAGAGAGAAAAAGUCAGAGCCACAGGAACUUCUCCAGCUGGACGGGUAUACUGUGGACUACAGCGACCCCCAGCCAGGCUUGGACGGUGGCCGGGCUUUCUUCAAUGCCGUGAAGGAAGGUGACACUGUGAUCUUUGCCAGUGAUGAUGAGCAGGACCGCAUCCUGUGGGUCCAGGCCAUGUAUCGCGCCACUGGCCAGUCCCACAAGCCCGUCCCACCCACUCAGGUCCAGAAACUUAACUCCAAAGGGGGUGCCUCGGCCCAAAUGGAUGCUCCCAUUUCUCAGUUCUACGCUGACAGAGCUCAGAAACAUGGCAUGGAUGAGUUUAUCUCCGCUAACCCCUGUAGCUUUGACCACGCCUCGCUUUUUGAGAUGGUGCAGCGACUCACGUUGGACCACAGGCUCAAUGACACCUUCUGCUGCUUGGGAUGGUUCAGUCCAGGCCAGGUGUUUGUCUUGGAUGAGUACUGUGCCAGGAACGGGGUUCGAGGAUGUCACAGACAUCUGUGUUACCUGCGUGAUCUGCUGGAAAGAGCAGAAAGUGGGGCUAUAAUUGACCCCACUCUUCUUCACUACAGCUUCGCUUUCUGUGCCUCCCAUGUCCAUGGGAACAGGCCAGACGGGCUGAGCACAGUGAAAGUGGAUGAGAAGGAGCGCUUUGAAGACAUCAAGGAGCGGUUGCGUGUGAUAUUGGAAAGCCAGAUUGUAAAUUUCAGAUACUGUUUCCCCUUCGGUCGUCCAGAGGGUGCACUGAAGGCCACUUUAUCUUUGCUGGAGAGGGUCCUGAUGAAGGACAUUGUGACCCCAGUUCCCCAAGAAGAAGUUAAAGGAGUCAUCCGCAAAUGUUUGGAGCAGGCUGCUCAGCUCAACUACCAGCGGAUUAAAGAAUACGCUAAAAUUGAAGAGAACGUAGGCCGCUUAGUCACGCCUGCCAAAAAGCUGGAGGAAACAAUUCGCCUGGCGGAGUUAGUCAUAGAGGUCCUCCAGCAGAACCAGGAACACCAUGCGGAGGCGGCAGUCACAAGUUCUGGAGAUCAAUCGGCAUUUGCAUGGUGGACAGACCUCAUGGUGGAGCAUGCAGAGAACUUCCUGGCCCUCUAUGCCAUCGACAUGGAUGCCGCUCUGGAGAUCCAAUCCCCUGAGAGCUGGGACAGCUUCCCUCUCUUCCAGCUGCUCAACGACUUCCUCCGGACAGACUAUCAUCUGUGCAAUGGAAAGUUCCACAAACACCUUCAGGAUCUAUAUGCUCCUCUGGUGGUUAGAUAUGUGGAUCUGAUGGAGUCCUCUAUCGCACAGUCAAUUCACAAGGGCUUUGAGCGCGAGUCCUGGGAGCCUGUAAAGAGUUUAACAAGUAAUCUGCCCAAUGUGAAUCUACCAAAUGUGAACCUCCAAAUUCCCAAAGUACCAAAUCUGCCAGUGCCAGUAGCAGGACUAUCAGUUAACCUUCCACAAAUGCCUAGCUUUUCUACCCCGUCAUGGAUGGCUGCUAUAUAUGACUCUGAUAACGGCUCUGGGACGUCGGAAGAUCUCUUCUGGAAGUUGGACGCCCUCCAGACUUUCAUCAGGGACCUGCACUGGCCUGAGGACGAGUUUGCCAAACACCUUGAGAGUCGCAUCAAGCUCAUGUCGAGCAACAUGAUCGAGAACUGCGUCAAGCGCACCAGGAUGGCAUUUGAGUCCAAGCUGGCAAAGAGCAGCAAGUCCACAGAUUUCCGCAUUUCUCCAACAUUAUGCACUAUGUUCAAUGUGAUGGUGGAUGCCAAGGACCAAUCAGCUAAAUUGUGCGCUAUGGAGAUGGGCCAAGAGAAACAGUUCCACUCCCAAAUAGACGAUCUGAUUGAGGAAAGUGUGAGGGACAUGAUCCAGCUCCUGGUUGCAAAGUUUGUUGCCAUUCUGGAGGGUGUGUUGGCUAAGAUUUCCAGAUAUGAUGAAGGCACUCUCUUCUCCUCAUUCCUCUCAUUCACGGUCAAAGCUGCCUCAAAAUAUGUGGAUGUACCUAAGCCUGGCAUGGACGUGGCCGAUGGCUAUGUGACCUUUGUGCGCCACUCUCAGGAUAUGCUUCGUGAUAAGGUCAAUGAGGAGGUGUAUAUAGAAAGGUUAUUUGAUCAAUGGUACACUGCCACCAUGAACCUGCUGGGGACCUGGCUCACUGAACGCAUGGAUCAGCAGCUCCACGUCUACCAGCUCAAGAUCCUCAUCCGGAUCACAAAGAAAAAGUACCGGGACUUCCGCCUGCAGGGCGUCCUCGACUCCACCCUGAACAGUAAGAUGUACGACACGGUGCGCAACAGGCUGACCGUGGAGGAGGCCACUGCUUCAGUGAGGGAAGGAGGCAUGCAGGGCAUCUCCAUGAAGGACAGUGAUGAGGAGGAUGAAGAGGACGACUAGAGCCCGAGCACUGAAACUCCAGUCCCCUCCCCCCUGAACCUCUUCACCCCAACCCCCCUCUCACACUUUUGACUUUAGCCUGGUUACCGAUGCAUGUACCAACUCAGAUAGCCACUCUAGGACCUCUUUGUCAGCUCGAAAUGCCUAUGAAGGAACUAUUAACUAUAAAAAUAGUACUUAUACUGAGGAAAAUCAAAAUAAAAAUGUUAAAAAAAUAACCAUGAUUGGCAGUUUAGCUGUGUCAUGAUAAAGAUAGCACCUGUCUUUGUUUCAUUCAUUUCUAAACUCAUUUCUAUGUGUUACUAAGCAAUAUGGAGAACCAUUUGUUUGACAAUGUUGAGUGAGAUUAAUAGGUGUGUCCCUGUCCAAUGCAAACCUAUAUGGCGCUUCUUUGUCGUAUUCUACAUUCAUUAAUGGUACAUUGUCGUGAUGAUGAGUGUGUGGACCCUUUUCUUUGUCUUGUCCGUUUUUAAGUGAAUGCCAACUGCUUCAAACUGAAAAUAAACCUCUGUAUUUGUUUACGGCUGUUACAGAUA